AGAAGAAUGGGCAUCUCCAACGAAAAUUCAUAGGUUACGAACAUGAAAUAUCGUGGAUGCUUGCUAAAACAAGUUUUGUCGUUCUGUGGUAUUCGAAGGAUGUUUUUGUGAUGGAGCAAACUUCUACCUUUAACUAUAGUUUACCUGACAAUGGACUCAACGAUGGAACUGACUUCGUGGGUCUGAUCUAUGACAACCACCAGUGAUACAGGCCGGCUUCAAGACCCUUAUCGAAUUUUGGAGCUUUCUAUGGUUGUAAUUUCAUAAAGCCAGUACAGUGGAAACAAUGUCUACAUCUCGUCUGGGCCGUGUGCAUCAACCUGUUAUUUUGACUUUAGGUUGUUGCAUUCAUUAAAUCAAACUAGCCUCUGCAUCUGGUAACCGCACCUCGACAGCAUCUCAUCCAUCGUGGGACAGACGGAGACGGGCAUCCAUGUUAGUCGACGCGCAUUGUCAUCUGCAGGGAUGCCCUGUUGUGGUGCGAGACAGGACCUAUAACGCUUUUUCGCGAGUUGCUGUGUGUGCCACCUCUCCGGCUGACUGGACGGCAGUGCUGCAAGUCGCUGAGGAGGCAAUACAAAAACGAAACACAGAGGCACCAUGUUAUAUUAUUCCCUACGUGGGCGUGCAUCCGUGGUGGGCUAGGGCAGUGCACGAAAGUGAGAAGCAGGGGUUCGCUGUUGAUGCAACACCUCCUGCAGGAGCAUCAUCUUCGGCACUGCCGGCCGCAGCAUAUUCAGGAACCACACAACAUAGAGGAGGUAGCAUUCCUCCAUCAAGCAUGGGGUCAAGCGGAGGAUCAAUCCCGUCUUCGUCUGGGCCCUCCUUACCGCCACAACCUGCAAUGGUUCAAAGCAGCCAUCUUGGUGUGCGCGAACAGCUGCGGGCUCUGUUGACGACCAAUCAGGAUCUGCAUGUCGGAGAAAUAGGCCUCGAUCGUUUUCAUGGGAAACGGAGGAAGGAUUUUCCUGAGCAGGUAGAGGUGUUUCGUUGGCAGCUUGAACUCGCAACAGACUUGCAACGAGGUGUCCAAGUACACUGCGUAAAUGCAGGAGGUGCACUCAUCGACGAAUACGACAGACUCAAGGCAAGGAGCGCCGAGGCGGCAGGGUAACAGAUAUUUGAUGUCAUAAGUACUUACUUCUAGAAAAUGUUUGAUAGUAGAGUUCUCAGUUCAUGCCAAUGAUCCAACAACAAUAACCGGCAUUUCAAUUGUGAUUGCUCAACUAUGCUAGUGGAUUAACAAGCGGAUGAUUUUGGAUAUUGUGCGCUGAGCGUUACUCCUCAUUCAUUUCGCGCUCAGCCUGGCUUGUAGGGUCUGCUUCGCACACAAGGAUCGUGUGUAAUGAAUUAUGUCAUGGUAGUCCCAUUGAGACAGUAGGCCCAGCAACAGACGAAGCCAGCAGGUUGUGUCAGUAUAUGCGUGAUCAAUUAGGUACUUCAUGCAAUACUGGUUCAUCCUCAUUACCCUUUGCCGCUGUUUGAUGUUUGAAAAUAUAUCAAUUUCUUUCCUGUCGACUAAAGUGGCGAGGCACCACCGCGUAGUUAUCAUAGAGAAUUCCAUUUUGCAACCUCUUGUCACUUCAGGUCCUUUGUUGCGCCACCUUGCACCGUUUUGCAUUCGUACGCGAUGGGCCCCGAAAUGGUUGCGGCGUGCUUGAAAAAGGUCCCAGAUGUCUAUUUCUCAUUGUCUUUUCAUCGCGACGAAACGAAACUAGCACGCAUACUUGAAAAAGUUCCUCCAGAGCGGAUUCUGGUGGAAUCAGAUGCUCCGGCGCAAACGCCAGGGCCUGCGCUGAGUGAGAUGCCAAGCGUGCCCAGUAUAGGUGAUGGCGGGAUUGAUGACGAUUCAAAAGCGGGCGACAUAGCUGGAUCUUCACCGAAGCAGCGAAGGCGCUUCGUGGAUGAGCGAGACGGAGAGGGUAGUGAAAGAAGAGGAGGUGACAACGACAAAAUGGUUUGUAAUGAGGUGGUUAAUGACCCUGUCGAUGCACACAAAAUGCCAAAACCGACGGUACUCGGGUUUCCUCAGUACUGUCCGUGCUGCGGUCCUGGGAUGGGUGGUGGCCGAGAUAAUGUCCCUGAAAAUGUGAAGUAUGUUAUUGCUCAGAUCGCGCGUGUACUUGGCAGAAGUGAGAGUGCUGUAAUCAAACUUGUACACGAAAAUGCACGAAGAAUCUUUGCACCAAUAGAUCAAACAUCGUCGAAAGUGACUUCAUUGCGCAAAGAAGACGGCAUUGGACAGGAUGUAAAAGACGG